AAGUAAAAAAAGACGAGACGACAGUACGGCAAAAAAAGGCUAUCCGAUUUUAAUUAUGACAACAACCCGGCGGAAAGGCACCUGGCGACGUACCCAGCACACGCCGCAACGAGAGAAAAAGCCUGGAAUGAGCUCACUGAACCUGGGUACCGCGGUGCACAAGCCACACGGUGUGGCGACGCGACCGCCAAUCAGAUGUGCAACAUUGGUCAGAAGGUGAUGCGUCCGGGGGUCGCUACCCGGGCAAAACCGGAUACUGCUCCCGGAAGAACGCUUUCUCCGCUGCGCCUCGGUGUUUUGGUGACGGGACCAGCUCGCUUUUUGGCAGAAGUGCCAGGUCAACGACUCAACCAACGGGGCGGCGCGGCGGGCCAGCGGGGACCUUUGUCAGUGUCCCUGCCACUAGCAUUUUUCUUGGUCUUUUAUCUCUCACUUGGUCCUCUUGUCACCAACUUCCCGUUUGCCGAACUUCGACUAGGAUUCCCAAAUCUGCCCAUCUCCGUGCUUUCUGGCCUCUUUCACCUCGGCGUCUGUUUGUUCCAGAUCCCGAACUGUCAAUCUUGCAGCCAAUAACAGCUGUAGUGUUAAUGCUGAUGCUGCUACACACGAGACAGAGUAGCCGUAUGGUCAUCGCGAUCGUCAAUUGAACUUGAAAGAAAUUCUUCUGGAGCUUCGAUUUUUCCAGCCCCGACCGAUCCUGCCGGCGCGCACCUGAUGAUCCCGUUGAUCCAUACCAGAGCCUCAAUGACGCU